AUGUCAUCAUCCAAGGAAAAAAAACAUGUCGACGUAUUAAUUUGUGGCGCAGGACCCGUUGGAUUAUUUCUAUCUAAUGAAUUGGCUGCAUUCAAAGUAAAUUUCCGCAUCAUCGAAAAGCUUGAUAAGCAUCCAAAUUUUUCAAAGGCUAUUUUUGUUUCACCAAGGACCUUGGAAAUUUUUGAUAAUAGGGGUCUUAUUGGUCCUUUCUUAGAAAAUGGUGUUAAAGUGAAACAAUUCAUUACAUACCAAACUAUUCACGAAUUGUUCAAAUUCGAUCUUAGUAGCAUAAACAGUUUAUUUCCUUAUGCAUUAAUGAGCCGUCAAAAUAAGACUGUAGAUUAUUUAAUCGAUGCUUUGCAUCAAAAGAAAUUAAUGGGAACAAAAAAUGUUCCAAAUGUUGAAUACGGAUCGGAACUGAUAAAGUACGAAGAGAAAGAUGAUCAUAUUGUCGCUAUUGUCAAGAAUAUAAAUAGCGGUAAGGAAGAAGAAAUCAUUUGUCGCUAUUUAGUAGGGUGCGAUGGUGUACAUUCUAGUGUCAGAAAAGGAAGAAACGAUUGGAUUUUUGAAGGUCAAACGCUGAAAUUUUCGUGGGCCGUAGCUGACGUAAGUAUUGAUCAUGAAUUGGUUAGAGAUGAUCAAGUAACUCUUUUCGCAGCUGCUGAAGUUCCUGAAGAGCACAUUACACUGGAUAAGCUACAGAAACUAGUCGAUAAGAAAACAGCUCCUAUUAAAUUUGAGAUAAAAAAUCCUGUUUGGCUAGCUAAUUUUAAAGUUAGUGAAAGAAUUGCAAAUAGAUAUCGAAUAGGCCGUGUCUUCCUCGCUGGAGACGCUGCACAUUGUCAUUCGCCGGUUGGUGGUCAAGGCAUGAAUUUGGGAAUUCAAGAUGCUCAUAAUUUAGCGUUCAAGUUAGCACUAGUUAUCAGGAAUCAGACUAUCAACCCUGAUAAGGUUCUUAAUAGUUACGAACAAGAAAGACGUCCUGUUGGCAAGAACGUUGUUUCUGGUACCAGUUUUGCUACAAAAAUGUUAAGUGGUAAUGAUUUUAUUAGCGCUUUUUUACGAAUGUCUGUAGUACCCUUCAUGUCCCAUUUUUUCCCACAAAUUGUGUCUAAUUAUCAGUCCAAUUUAUUUCAAAUUGAUCUUAAAUAUUUUCCCGAGACAUCCGAUAUUCUUCAUAAAUACAAACCUCUCUCACGCCCUAAAAACAAAUUGAUCAAAGCGGGUCAUUAUGCAAAAGACGGUCUAUUAAAGAAAGUAAUCCCACACAAAAGUCAUGAUUGCAUAACUUUAUUUGAUGUCUUUCGUUCAACUGCAUUAAAACACACCCUGAUCCUGUUCACUUUAACUAAGGAUGUCACUGCUGAUCGUAAUCCACUUAUAAAUACCCUGUUGGAGAUUUAUUCUGACUAUAAAAAUAUUAUAACACCAAUCAUCGUUUCGUUUCAGGGUGCUGUUCAGACUGCUGAUGUACCAUUUAUGCCAUUCUUUGAAGAAGGCCGAGAACAGCAUAUAUUUAUGGAGACAAAAUUCGAAUUGCAUGAAAAAUAUGGCAUCACGAAAGAAAUUGGCCAGCAGGCUUUUGUACUUAUUAGACCUGAUUUAUACAUUGCUAGUGCUGUGCUUGAAAAUGACGUUGAUAAAUUAAAGGCUUUCUUAGAAGGCUAA